UUUCCUGGUAUGGGGAAAAUCUGGGUUGAAGUGUGCUUGAUAUCUGCUCGUGGGCUUCGCCGUUCUUCCCUAUGGAAGCUCCAAUGGUUUGCUGUAGGGUGGAUUGAUCCGAAUAACAAAUACUGCACCAAGAUUGAUGCGUCAGGGAAUGCAAAUCCAGCAUGGAAAACCAAGUUUGCUGCCUCUGUUGAUGACUCAGAAUCUAACAUCAAUGAUUUAGCACUAAAUGUUGAAGUUUACAGCAGGGAACCAAUAUUCCUCAGAGAAAGACUACAGGGAACGGCAGUUAUUGUCUUGAAAGAAUUUAUAGCGAAGCAUAAGAAGAACCAUGAGGUUUCAAGGCCAGGGAUUGAAGAAGUAGGUAGCUAUCAAUUGCGAAAAAGGAAUUCCAACAAACCUAAAGGAUUUGUCGAUGUUUCUAUACAUAUUUCUGAGGACAGGGAAGAGCUAAGUUCGUACCAAGACAAUGAGAGAGGACUUUAUAAUCACAGCAAUACCAUCACUUUGGCCACCGGAGAUGGAUCUUCGCAGGCUUACCCAACUCCAGUGCCUAUAGCUUCAUUCCAAAGACCAGAAGAUCAAAUACGGCCUAAUUAUCCUUAUACACAUCCAAUGCCAUUCCCUACAAACUAUUCCAAUCCAUCUUCAGUUGGACCAAGCUAUCCACCAGCAAGCGGACCAAGCUAUCAACCACCUAGAACUCCUCCUCCACCUCCUCCGCCUUCUAAUGUCGGUUACGUACCCACUUUUCUUCCGAGAGCAGAUGAUGCGCCGGAGACCUAUAUCAAUAUGCCAUCAUCUGGGGCAGGGCGUGGUCGUGGUGGGGGACCUGGACCUGGUUUUGGAAUGGGAGUGGGAGCUGGAGCACUGGCAGCUGGUGCCGUGAUCUUUGGUGAUGACUUUAUGUCUGGAUUUGAUGUUCCUUCAGGCUUUCAAGAUCCUAGCAUUGUAAUAGCUGCUGAUCCACCUUUCUAACCAUGUUGUAACUAGCUUGUGUAACUUUCUACCCAAAAAAAAAAAAAAAAAAAAAUGGCUUCUGUAACUAUGUUUUAAUGCAGCAGGAACACACACAAUUUGGUUUAUCCUAUACUUUUCAACUUCUGUAUGGAUGGAAACAUUUUAGUCCAUAACAAAAAUGUUUGGAAGGGUUUGGUCAAUGGUAUGCAAAUCAAGAGAUGAGAUUCUAUAAUGAAAAACCACUGUUGCUAA